AGGGACAAAUGGCAGCACUAUGAUGCUUGAAGGAGAGCCACAUCAAAAAUCCUAAGCACUUUCCUCUUUUCUCCUUUCAUACACACUUCUCUCAAACUCAAAAUUCAAAUACACAUUACAAUCAUUCAAACCUAAACUCUACCUUACCCGAACCUAUCAUGUUCGGACCCUCCCAACCCGCUUCGGACACUCCCAAUUCCACUAUCAAAUUCUUCUGUAGCUACGGCGGUAAAAUCCUCCCCCGUUACCCCGACGGCAAACUCCGCUACCUCGGCGGUCAUACUCGCGUCCUCUCCGUCGAUCGCUCCGUUCCAUUUUCUGAACUGCUUUCGAAGCUGGAAGAACUCUGCGCUUCGUCCGUGACGCACCUUCGCUGUCAAUUACCCGCCGAAGAUCUCGACGCUUUGGUUUCCAUAACCUCCGACGAAGAUCUCGCCAAUUUAAUCGAAGAAUACGAUCGUACCUCGUUGCCGCAAUUACCGUUGAAGAUUAAAGUGUUCAUUUCGCCGCCGAGAUUUUCGAACAAGGUUUCCACACCUCCGUUAUUGUCUCUGUCAAAAUCAGCAUCUUCCUCUAUCUCAUCCUCCUCCUCCGUGUCGUCGACGUCUUCUUCUUCAUCGUAUUCUAGCCUUACUGGUGGCGGUUCCGGCCAGAUGUAUACGACGGCGCCGCCGGUAUUUUACCGCUGUGUUCAUCAUAUGUCGCCGCGGACGGAGAAUCAUGGCAACGAUGAGAGAUCUUCUGGGAGGAAUAUUCCCCUGCAGCGGAACGGAAACAGUUACCAUGCUCAGGGAAACACCGGUGAAAAUUAUCUGAUCCACAACGGAAACCACUGGCAAUAACGUUAAGCUGAUUUGGUUUUGAAUUUGAAUUUGAAUUUCGUGUAUGGAUGGAUGAUGGAAUGGAACUACUGAGUUACUUUAAGAUUAAGUAAGAACAGACAAUGAUAAUUAAAAGCAACUUUAUGAUAUAUAAGAUUAAGUAAGUUCCUCACAAAAAUUAAAAUAAGAUUAAGUUAAUCUUUAGAAUUAUAGUUAAUUUUAAAAAAUAGCAGAUUAUGUCAAAUUCACUGUGAAGAUUGAACUAAGACUAAAAGGAGAAAGAAAUGGUCGACAAGGAUAUUUGUGAUGUAAAAUAGUUGAGAAGGAUUGAGGUUGUAGCUUGUGAUCCUUGCUUGCACGUAAAUGAAUUUAUCUCCAAUUUCGUUUUUCGCUCCA